AUGCCGGGAUUGAGCUUCGACAGAGAAUUCUGGAAGGCUGCUGGCCCGGUGCUUGCCAUCAGACCUCCAGGGCAAGCUAGGACAGCUCUUCAGCUGCGCGCGAGAACCAACGUAGGCUUGGCCUCGUUGUUGAAAGGGCCGAUACCCGAUGAGAUCGUCGAGACACAACACCAGAUUACCUCAUUUGACGGAGAGCAGAUUGUGGUGUACCAGUUUGCGCACAAGGAUGUGGACUCGACAGUCAAGCACCCAGCGUUCAUCUAUGUUCACGGCGGUGGCCUGGUAGCUGGCGACAUCGAUCCGUACAGUCGCCUCCUUGCUGCGACGUGUGCCCUAGAGACCGGUGUUCAGAUGUUUGCGGUUGAGUACCGCCUGGCGCCCGAGUUUCCGCACCCCACUCCCGCGGAAGAUUGCUACGCGACCUUGAAGUGGCUCAGUGAGAGCAGCGAGAAGCUCAACAUCGACUCGAAGAGGCUGGGAUUCUAUGCGCUCAGCGCUGGUGGUGGACUCGCGGCGGGAGCGGCUCUGAUGGCGCGCGACCGAGGUCUGUCGCCUCCUCUUGCGAAACAGAUGCUCAUAUAUCCGAUGCUGGACGAUAGGACGAAGGUGGAGAAGGACAAUGAGCUGUGUCAGUUUCUGACGUGGACGAACCUGCAGAACCAACUUGGGUGGAAUGCAUACCUGGGAGGGAAGGCAGGGGAGGCGGAUGUGCCAGAAUACGCUGCUCCCGCAAGAGCAACGAACCUAGAAGGCCUUCCAAACACAUACAUUGACGUUGGGGGGCUGGAUUUGUUCUGCGCAGAGUCAGUGACGUACGCGAGCAGACUUGUGUCAGCGAACGUGCAGGUGGAGUUGCACGUUUAUCCGGGGCUGCCGCACAUCUUUGAUCUCUACGCUUCGAAGAUUGAGCUCGCACAGCGAGCGAAGGAGAAUAGACUAAAGGCAGCAAAAACUUUGUAA